GAGAGGAAGGGGGAGGGUGACCGGCAGAAGCAGCCUGCACAUAAGGCUGAGGCCAAAGCACACAGAACGAGUGUGUGUGUGUGUGAAGUGACUGCGCAUGUGUGAUGCAGGCUGGAGCCCAUGGUUGAGGCUGAAGACAUGACCAGCAGCUGAGAAGAGGAAGAGGAGCGGGACAUACGGGAGGAAGACCACACUGGGGCUCAGGUAUGACACUGACGACAACAUACACUCACCUCUCAUGUGAGACAGUGGAUACUGAAAGAGGACGGAGGGACUGACUGUCGAGGGAGAGAGAUUACAGCAGCAAACCAUCUCACUCCUCACAUCCCACAUCCACAAAAUGACGGCUUCACCUCCAGCGGCUGCCUCCAUCUUAAAUCUCCUCCAUUUGUGCCCACCCCUGCUGUAUUUGAUGGAGCAUCCUCACUCGCUCACACCAGCCACACACAUGGAGCUGUGCUUUUGUUCACAGACAGAGGCAUGACUGAGGCCAAAGAACUGGAAUGAUCUGAACUGCGUGUGUAAAGGGAAACAGGUAAAUGGACCCAAGAAGAGCUAAGGAAACACUGAAGCAUUGCUCAAACAAGCACAGCUCAAACAGUUAUCAAGACUUGGCUGUUGGACUGUCUCUUCCAGUGUCUCCACACAGGAAUUUAUCUUCUGACCAGAGGAGUUACUCCAGCAGCUCUUUCCUCUCAUUUCUUAUCAAGAAGGUUUAGGAGGAGGAGCUGACCACCCUCAACCCAGUAAACAGAGAAGGAGAAACUAGUCUCCUAGGUUUGCCAAAAACAGGAAGUUAAACAUUCUUACAUGCAAGAAAGAAGCAGGAGUUUCCCCUGAUUGCUAACCGGACACAGUCAAAAACAGCAUCGUCUGGACCACUGUGAACUGUCUACAGCACACCCAUUCAGACUAUAAUACCCUCUGUACUGUAUGUGUACAUGUGAAGUGUGUGCAUUACUUAUUCAUGUUAUGAGUGAGAUGUACUGAAGUGUUCCUCUGUUUAAAUCUCUGCAAAUAGCCAUCAGAGACUGCACAUUUCCUGCACUAGACUGCAUAGGUACUACCACAAAGUUGGCGCUAUUUCUGGUGCUUUGAACCGUGCUACACUUUUAAAGAACUGAACAAUGGAGUCUUGUGCCCUCAUGUCCCAUCCAAUGGCUAACUUUAGAAAAAAAAGACAUCCUGUGUUUCCUUGAACUCUAAGCUGAGCCAAAAACACUUUCUCCUUAACUACUAACUAAAGACUGCGAAUGUCCUGCCUACGGCGGCAGCCGGUCACCAUCCCCAUGGAUACUGUCAAAAUCAUCCAAUCAGAGAAGUUUCCUCGGGAGUGCCCCGUGCCAGUCACCCAACCUCGCUAUGCCCCGCCCCCCAGAGUGGCAUGGGACGGUGGUGGAGAGGGGGAGAUCAUUGUGAACCAGGCCUGCAGUGAUUUAACCCUGGACAUAACCGGCUCACCCAGGCCCAUGUUGCCUCCUCCGGCCCCGAUGAUGCGCAGGGAACAUAGCUUCCUGGCGCAGCGCAAACCCAGUGCCAAUGAGAUCUGCUACCACCAGUUCCAUUACAACAUGGACGACGUCAUAGUGAACCAAUAUGUGCUGCGCUCCUCCUCCACCUCCUCCUCUACUUCCUCCUCCUCUUCAUCGUCCUCUGGGCCGGUUAUGCCGUGUGAACCCCUGGACUGCCCCACCUGUGGGCACACAUACAACUUUGCGGGGAAACGUCCCCGGAUUCUGUCCUGUCUGCACUCGGUGUGUGAGGAGUGCCUCCAGAUCCUGUACGAAUCCUGUCCUAAGUACAAGUUCAUCUCGUGCCCCACCUGCCGUCGGGAGACGGUGCUGUUCACUGACUAUGGCCUGGCUGCUCUGGCCAUAAACACCAGCAUCCUGAGUCGGCUGCCCACUGACCCCAAUGGGCCGGUGCAGUGGGGGGGUGAGGCGGAUCGCAGCUGUUAUCAGACUGUGCGCCAGUACUGCCAGUCAGCCUGCACCUGCCACAUCACCAACCCCCUGUCCACCUGUGGCAUCAUGUAAACACCUGUACUGUAUCUAAACAUGGUCAGAGUGUCUGCUCUGAUUAUUAUUGUUCUUUAUUCGCUUACUCUGAGCUUGAAUAUCAAAUACAAUAUGUAGAAACUCAUAUUUAUGGAAGAUUGUCUUGUCAUUGGAGGAUUAACAAUUUUAGGAGUACAAACAUCUGUAAAUGUUAUCAAAUGUCUUUGAUUUGGAUAUCAUCAUGCAAAUAUUUCUAUGCAUCGAUUUAUAGUAAUCACAAAUGUGGUUGACAGAAACUGAGUGCACUGUAAGCUGAUGAACAAAAGCUCUGAUUAAUCAAGUAAGAUGCCUAUUUCUAUAUCCCUCAUACUCCAUAUAGCAGCAUAAUGGCAGCUCUUGUAAAUAUGGAAAAUUCCCGUCCUUUGCAAACCAGAUGAGACCUGUCACUCUGACCAUCUUUAUAUGCAGUGUUGGUGUUUUAACAGUCGGGGGUACUGCAGGCAUGACUCGAUGCUGCCCCCUGUGGCCACUCUGAUAUAAGCUCUCCCCCUCACCACCAGAUAAUAAGCCCAUCCACACGUUAUCUUUAAUAGCACAGAAGGUUGCUGUGUGGGACAAUGGACGCUGCUGCUGGACAACUAUUAAGUAAAUAAAUGUAUUUUAUGUAUGGACUGGAAAUCUAUUCACCCUCUCUGUUUGGUUGGACGUGUUUGUCAUUGACAUCUCUUUACAUGCGAAUGCCAGGGGAAAUGUGUCCCCCCAAUCUAGGUGAAUAAAGAUAUAAUAUAUUAUGAGUCCUAAAUGUGUGGCUAUAUGUAUCAAAAUAUAUUUCAGUUUGUAAGGUGAUGCAAUGAGGUUGUAUUGGUUAAUAAUUCAGUGAAGGCAUAAGACACAG